UGUAAUUUGCGUGGAAAUUUUAUUGUGAAAAAAGUCAAAAAACACCCACAAUAUGGCGAACUUUGAUCUUACACGCAUCAACUGUCAAUUCCUGGACAGACAUCUAACUUUCCCGCUGCUGGAAUUCUUGUGUGGCAAGGAGAUCUACAAUCAGCAGGAACUGUUGGAGUACAUCCUGGAGACGGUGAACAAGACGAACAUGAUUGAUUACACGAUGGACACGCGCAAGCGUCUCAAUCUGAGCCAAGAGAUGCCCGAUGAGCUGGUGCAGCGCAAGGCAGAGGUACUGGCCACGCUCAAGCAGCUGCAGAACGAGGUGGCGCCCAUCAUGAAGGCCACCGACAUUCUCAAGAACGGCGAGAGCAUGAAGGACUCCAAGACCUUUGUGAAUGCCCUGCAAAAGGACUACAACUUCAAGGUGGAGCAUCUGGAAAGUGCCUACAAGCUGGCCAAGUACCUGUACGAGUGUGGCAACUACCAGGAGUCCACAUCGUACUUGUACUUCUGUCUGAUUGUGAUGUCGCCCAAUGACAAGAACUAUCUGAAUGUGUUGUGGGGCAAGUUGGCGGCCGAGAUUCUGACCCUCAACUGGAACACGGCUCUGGAGGAUCUGACGCGCCUGCGCGACUACAUUGACAGUGCCAAUUUCUCCACCAUCCAGGCCCUGCAGCAGCGCACCUGGUUGAUCCACUGGUCCGUCCUGGUUUUCUUCAACCACCCGAAGGGCCGUGAUCUGAUUAUCGAGAUGUUUUUGUACAAGCCUCUGUAUCUGAAUGCUAUUCAGACCAUGUGCCCGCACAUUAUGCGCUAUCUGGCUACCGCCGUUGUGAUCAAUCGCACCCGUCGCAACGCCCUCAAGGAUCUGAUCAAGGUUAUCCAGCAGGAGUCGUACACAUACCGUGACCCCAUCACCGAGUUCCUCGAGUGUCUGUACGUAAACUUUGACUUCGAGGGCGCUCGCCUGAAGCUGCACGAGUGCCAGACAGUAAUCCUCAACGAUUUCUUCAUUGUGGCCUGCCUAAAUGAGUUUGUGGAGGAUGCCCGUCUGAUGAUCUUCGAAACGUUCUGCCGCAUCCACCAGUGCAUCACCAUCAGCAUGCUGGCCGACAAGCUGAACAUGAAGCCCAAUGAGGCCGAGUGCUGGAUUGUCAACCUUAUACGGAACGCCCGUCUGAAUGCCAAGAUCGACUCGAAGCUGGGGCAUGUGGUGAUGGGGACACAGCCGCUGAGCCCCUACCAGCAGCUAGUGGAGAAGAUUGACUCGCUGUCAAUGCGCUCGGAGCAUUUGGCCGGUCUGAUUGAGCGGAAGAGCAAACAAAACAAUAAAGAAUCGAUCGACUCUUGGAAGUACUACUAGAAACACAUAAGCUAAGCAUAAAUUUUGUAUCCCCCUCCCUCCCCCCGCAUAGAUUACAAUGAUUGCGUGUAAUCGAGCGAAUAAACCAACAUCUCCCCAUUCGCAA